AUGCGGGUCAGGCCCGCGAUCGGACGGUUAUCAGAGGAUCUGCUCUCCCAGAUCCUCCACCUCGUCGGCGAAUCAGGCAGCUAUUUCCAGCACGCUCUCGUCUCUAAGGAAUGGCAUCGCAUCGCUUGUCGCGUACAGGGCUACAUUCACUUGCAAGAGGACCGUCGCAUGAGUCCGCGUCAACUGAUUUCCGAGCUCUCGUCGUUCCCUAGCCUCACAAGGCUUGUCCUUCCCUCCGGCAGCCUCGCCUCCGUCCCGGACUUCUUCCUCGCCCGUCUCGCCGACACGUGUCCAGAUCUGCUUCAGCUUCACAUCGAAUCAACGGAUCAGAUUCAAAGACGCGGGGGGUUCACCGAACAGGGCCUCACCGCGCUUCUUGAGGGUUGUGCUCGGCUGGAAGAACUUCAUCUGGAUUGCCCUCCCCGUCUCACCGCCAUUCCGCCUUCCAUCGGCGGUCUCGCUUGGCUCAGGGAUCUGCAUCUCACGGCAAGCAGCGUCACUCACCUCCCCGACAGUAUCACAUCGUUACAGUCUCUCGAAAACCUAGUGCUGCAGAUGGACUCCCUUCAAGAACUACCUCUGGUUUUCGGCAACUUGACAUCUCUAGAAUCGCUGCGCCUGGAGUCUUGCGCGCUUCUCACGUCACUCCCGGAAUCUCUUGGGCAACUUGCGAAUCUAGACCAUCUUUACAUUAGUGGCACCAUCAGGCUUCAGCUUCCAGCUUCCCUUUGCAAUCUCUCAUCUCUGGUGGUCCUCGAGAUUCACAAGUGCCAGGAUCUUUCUCCGCUGCCCGAGAAUCUCGGUCAGCUACAGGCGCUCGAAAUUUUGCUUCUGGACGAUGUGAUGGGCCUCACGGAUUUGCCAGAGUCUCUCGGGCAGCUGCAGCGGCUGCGGCUUUUGCAGUUGAUUGGCUGCUUCGGUAUUAUGACCCUGCCCGGAUCCAUCUCUCGUGUGUCGUCCCUCACGGGUCUCAACCUGGUUGUCCCAACACUUACAAGGCUGCCUGAUGACGUCGGGCAGCUAUCAAAUCUUCAGAGCCUCAUGCUGGAUGCUCAGAGCCUUACAAGCCUCCCUGCUUCCAUCUCUCUGGCCUCUGCACUCCGAGAGCUAGCCAUUGACGGUCUUCGAACUGUUACAUUGCUGCCCGAAGAAUUCGCGCAACUGACGGCGCUUGAGUCCCUCCGCCUGGCCAACCUUCCACAGCUCACCCACCUGCCAGAAUCUCUUGGAAACUUGACCAACCUUGAUGAGCUGAAAGUGGUGAAGUGCGCAAGAUUGCAGCGGCUGCCCGAUUCUCUAUCCCAGUUAUCUGCCCUUGAAAAGCUGGAUGUGAGUGAGAACCGGAGGCUCACGGCUCUACCAGAUGACAUGGGAAACGGCCUCCACAGCCUGCGGGAACUCCUCCUACUUCCUUGCAAAGCCCUCACUCAUCUCCCUUCAUCCUUCUCCAGUCUCUUGUCGCUCGAAACCCUGAGAAUCUUGAAUGCAGAGAGCUUUAGAGGGCCCCUGUCUGACGGCUUUGGCUGCUUGAAAAGCCUCAAGGAGCUCUGGCUGUGCUCCUUGCCGCACCUCUCAGCCUUCCCUUCGUCACUCCCCGGGCUUUCCCGCACACUCACCAGCAUGUUAGUGGCAAACUGUUUGGAGAUAAAGGAGCUGCCUGAGGAGAUCGGACGGCUGGAAAGGCUUGAAGAGCUCACGAUCUCGAAGUUAUACGGUGUGGAAUCGCUCCCGAAGUCGCUGUUUCAGCUGCCUGCGUUGCGGGAGUUACAUGUGCUGGGGUGCACGGGGCUUGUAACAUUGUUUGGGGAUGAAACGGUGGGAGCAGCUGAGCAGGAGCAGGGACAGGUUGCCACCACUGGUAGCAGCUCCCGUGGUAGCGGCAGUUGCAAUCUGAACGGCAGCAGCAGCAGCAGCAGCAGCAGGUCGAGCAGGAGAGCUGAUUACCAGUUGCUUCCAUCUCUGCAAUGUCUCAAGCUCACUGCUCUUCCCUUUAAAGCCCUCGGCCCGUCUCUGAGCCUUCUCUCCUCCUUGACAAGCCUAAAACUUAUAGAGAUGAAUGCGCUUCUCUCUCUCCCAGAAUCUUUCUCUGAGCUGUCGAAUCUGCAAGAGCUUGUGAUUUCUCAUGCUAGCAGUCUGGAGGCCUUGCCAGACUCAAUAGGAAGCCUUCCCAAGCUUUCUUCUCUGCAGCUGAUUAGGCUUGAAAACCUGUGUGAGCUUCCCGAGUCUUUUGGGCAGCUGAACAUGCUUCAGUCUCUGCAGAUCGAUGACUGCGCAAAGCUCGCCCGGCUUUCGAGAAGCUUCAGUAACCUGUCCAAGCUGACUUCUUUUUCCCUUACUAGCUGCCCGCUAAUCUCAUACAUUCCAGAUGAUUUUUGGCAGCUUUGCUCCCUUCAGAACCUGGUUUUGAUCAACCUGCCGAACCUUGAGAGCUUGCCCGAGUCUUUUUCGCAGCUGCCCCGGCUGGAGGAACUGAAGCUGUGGUACUGUGAGCGCCUGCGUCAGCUACCGUCGUCUCUUUCGAAAAUGCCAAAGUUGCUUCAGUGCAACAUCCGUGAGUGUCCCCUGCUUUCGGACCGAAGGACUCGGGUGAUUUAUGGGAGGGGGGAUAUGGAAGAGGGAGAGGAGGGAGAGGGAGGGACGGAGGGCACGGAGGGGUUCGCGGCAGGGGAGGAAGGAGAUCAAAAUGAUGAAGAGGAGUCGGAAGAUGACGAAGAGGAUUCGGAAGAAAGCGAGGAGGAAGAUGAAAGAGACGAUGAUGAGGACGAGGAUGGUGACGACGAGGACGACGCUGAGGAGGAAAGCGAGGAUGGAGAUGGGGGAGAUGAAAGCGAUGAGGACGACGAGGGCGAUAUGGGAGAUGGUGCUGCGUAA